AUGGCGGACUCAGGCCUUUCAGACAUCUUGAAGUGGAUGUCCAAACCCCUGCAGGUGUCCACGACCCACUGCAUGGGGAUGUGCAUGCUGACUGUUACGGUCAAAGGACCUACUUGUGUCAGUGGCAUGGGCCAAGUGAGCGAUAAUGGCCAAGUGUGCAUUUCUGACCUAACCUUGCGAGCCCUCAUCACCUCCAGCUGGUCGGCACCAAGUCCUAGUCUGUUUAUGAUUGUUGCUGCUGUGGACAGGCACUUGGAAAGAGGAUGUGAUCCCUGCAAAGUUACAGGAGACACCACUUGCCUGACCUUGAGCGCAGGCACAGAGGCAGGUACAGACACAGAUCCUGAGCACAGAAAAAACUAUAACAGUGCCACUUUCACUUCCUUCGGGGAAUAUAAACACCACAUGCAGGUUUCCCAGCACAUUAUCCGCAAGCCUCGAAUUUAUGAGUGCAAAACUUGUGGCGCCAUGUUCAUCAACUCUGGAAGUUUAAUUGUGCACCUGAGGAGUCUGAACCAUGAAGCGUCAGAGCUAGCAAACUACUUCCAGAGCAGUGAUUUCCUAGUACCAGACUACUUAAACCAGGAGCAAGAAGAGACUCUUGUUCAGUACAAGCUUGUAGAACACAGUUUUGAAAACAAUUCCUCUGUCCAAAUGCCUGUCAUUUCACAGGUCUCAUCAACUCAGAAUUGUGAAAGCACUUUUCCUUUGGGGUCUCUCAGGGGUCUGACAGAAAAAGAGGAAGAAAUGCCAGAGCAGCCAAAGGCAAGUGCCAGUAGUGAGACAAUUAGAGAUGACCCCCCCCCCAAAUUGGAGCUGUCUUCUAUUACUAUUGAAUAA